GAAUCAGUCUCUCCCCAAUGGCCGCAGCACGCUUCCCUGGGAAGAGUGUGGACGUGUUGGCCAAUAACUGGACUGCUCCUGUGUUGGGCCGGCCGCUGUGUGUUAAUGGGACACCAUGGAUCCUGUACUUGCUGGAGGAGUGUGUGGAUAAUGUGUGGGAGUACUGCAGUGUGGUGAUAGGACUCAUAUCUAUGUUCUGUUUCCUGCUGUCCUUUUUGCCUCAGGUCUACGUGUCAUAUCGGAACGGUAAAGUGGAGGAGGCCAUGUCCUUUGGUUUUCUCUUUUUCCUCUUCAGUGGAGACCUGACCAGCUUUGCAGGCUGCUACCUCACCAGUCAGCUGCCUAUUCAAAUAGUCACAGUGGUGUUCUACAUCUUCACAGACCUGAUUCUCAUCUCCCAGUUUCUCUACUAUAAGAUCAAGAACAGCUCUAGCAGAAAGAGCCCUGUCUUGAAGUGGCUGUGCUUCAUGUGGUGUGGUGCUGCGACAUUAGUCCUCCUGACUUUACCCAAGCUCAUCAUAGACAAUAGUACAACCUUAGACACUCAGAGUCCAGCUACCUCCAAAUCAGUGGAAAUUACUGGCUACAUAUGUGGAUACCUGGCUUCUGUCUUCUACCUCUCCUCCCGUUUCCCCCAGCUCUAUAAAAAUUUCCAGCGACAGUCUACAGAGGGAACCUCCUACCUGUUGUUUGCCCUGGCCAUGAUGGGAAAUGGGACGUAUGGGUUAAGCGUCAUAGUGGUCCUUCCCGCUCUGAGGGGCUCCAAAAAGACCUUCAUCAUCAAACAUCUGGCCUGGCUAAUUGGCAGCCUGGGAGUCCUCAUACUCGACUUCUUUGUGACUGCCCAGUUCAUCAUGUACAAGAAGAACAACUCUGCUAAAAGCAGAGCACUACACAGUGUCCCAGAGGUGGAACCUCUUCUAUGUGAGGAAGAGGAGCUGUCAGUGUUGUAGGGCACAGAAGUGACACCAGUGUGGACCAGGAUUAGUCAUUUUGCAGUUUGGCUUUGGAUAUUUCUGCAGGUGUUCAGUGAUCAGUAAUGUAGUGUCCUAAUAACUUCAGG